CCUCGAGGAGAAGGAUGAACCCUUAACUCUGCUGGAAGGACGGAAGGAAGGAACACUCAUCCAACGAGAGGGAAGAAGCAAGGACUGAGCAGUAGCAAAGUGGUGUGCACUAUAAAAACAACAAGAACCCCGUGGCAGCAGAAGCAGGAGCGACAGCAGCAGAGGAGAUUCCAGAAUUUCUUGCGCGUCUCCAAAAUUGAACUCACUGUUUCCCCCCCACCCUCAAUCAAAUGAUCCUAAAGCGGCAACUUUCACUUCCAAGAGGCGGAUGGGUGACUUUCCACGUUGCUUUAUGAGGAGGAGAUGAUGAAGAAUUUCGGCGGCAGUUCCUCUCACAACAGCAACAGCAACCACCACCAGACUCCAAACCACAUCAGAGAGCGACACCACCGAAAGCACGGCUUGCUCUGCGCUCUACCGUGGCGCUUCUCCUUGCGAGGUUAUGGUUUCUGCAUGGCUGCGCUGUUCCUCUUCUGCUUCGGCUCGCUUUUUUACCAGCUAAACGGCGGAGCUCCAAGAAUGCUGCUGGACAUCAGGCAGUAUCUCGGGGAAUCUACAUAUCUGAAUGACCACGGACCCCCUGCUCAGAGAGUGCUCCUGUUUCCCAGCCAGGUGGUUUACAACCGUGUGGGGAAGUGUGGCAGUCGGACAGUGGUCAUCCUACUGAGGCUUUUGGCCGAGAAACAUAGGUUCAACCUAAUCUCUUCUGACAUCCAUAACAAGACACGCCUCACAAAACAUGAACAGGUGGAUCUAAUGAAGAACAUCAGUAAGAUCCCUCAGCCGUUUCUCUAUACAAGACAUGUUCACUUCCUAAACUUUACCAGGUUUAGGAUAGAGGAGCCUGUCUACAUCAACAUAAUACGGGAUCCAAUAAGCCGGUUCCUUUCCAACUAUUUCUUCCGUCGCUUUGGUGAUUGGAGAGGAGAGCAGAACCACCUCAUCCGAACGCCAGGGAUGAAAGAUGAUGAGCGAUACCUAGAUAUAAAUGUGUGCAUUCUGGAGAAUUACCCCGAGUGCUCAAAUCCUCGUGUUUUCUACAUUAUUCCCUACUUCUGUGGACAACAUCCUCAGUGCAGAGAGCCUGGAGCAUGGGCUUUGGAGAGGGCCAAGCAAAAUGUGCUAGAGAACUACCUCCUUGUGGGUAUCUUGGAGGAGCUGGAGGAUGUUCUCCUUAUGCUGGAGAGGCUCUUACCCCAUUACUUUUCUGGAGUACUCGACAUUUAUAAGAGCCCAGAAUAUAGGAAAAUGGGGAACCUGACGGGUACGGUCCGUAAACAUACGCCUACUGUGGAGGCCCUGCAGGUGCUAUACCACCGCAUGCGCUACGAGUACGAGUUCUACGACUUCAUCCGAGAUCAGUUUCACCUUAUGAAGAAGAAAAUUGGGCUGAGGUCCACCUCUCGUCCUCCGGCUUACCCGCCUGAUUUUUUGCACGAACUGGCCCUUCGAACACCAGAACCUUUGGAUGAAGAUGAGGAGCUGGACUCAGACCUGGAAGAUGCCAACAGCUGGCUGAUCCAUCCCUGAGGACUGUGUAAACAGUGGAUAAAACCAAAUAAAAGAGUCGGCUAAAACUUUCUCUAGGCAUGAGGUGGCCAGGAGAGUAGUGGCAGUGUUUCCCAUCUUUUGGAUGUUGGCACCUUUUACUUUUAAGAGUUCAGUUUUCAGUCUUCAUAUUCUUAUUAUGAAAGGCUCAGCACUUUGGACUUGAGGAACAAAAAGAAACAAAAAAUAUCUAUUUAAAACCUGACCAAGGACAGAUGGAAAUAAUAAGAAUAAGCUCAAAUUAUUUUAUAAUUUGUUUAUAUUGCAGCUUGUUGUGAGGGUUUUAUGAUCUUAGCUGUUGUAAUCUCCAGGAGAGAUUAGCAGACAAUUAAAUGUGUUGGGAAAUACUCUAAAUGUUGGAGGGGACUUCAAAGACAUUUCCCAAUCAGACUUUUAUUUUAUGAAAGCGCUGAUGUUAUAAAAACUGGCCUGGGAUGUGAAUUAAUAACAAGUGCCAAAAGUAUUGUAUGUAUAUUAGCUGUCAAGGACUGCUAUAAGUGCCAAAUCUCUUUCCAGUAAAUCUGAGAUCGGAAGCUUUGUGAGCACAGUUGGUAACAGGUACACUAAGUUAAGCAUGUUGUUAUACGAGUUUAUAACAUUUUAAGAAAUUGUAAAAUGUUAAAAAGGUAUGAAUGAGGGUUAAACCAUAUGCAUCUAUUAUGAGUUCAGAGAAUUCCACCUAGAUGUACAUGUAUCACUGAGUUUGACCAAGCCACAGAGCAUUUUAGAGUAGUUUGGUUAUUUGGGAAAGACAAUUCCUUGACAGUAUGGCAAGGGUUAUGAGUUACAUGCUAAAAGCAUGUGGGGAGCCUCAUUUGUAAUCCAAAGGUUAAAAAAAAUCAGUCUACCAAAUAACUGUUCUGCUGUGAUGCUUUUUAAAACUUUAUAAAUACCCUGCAGGUUUCUGUGAAAUAAUGCUUCAUUAACAUCAGCAGCCAAAUGAGGGAUUUGAUCAAAACUGGAUAACUUUUUGCCUUUAAUUCCAUCUUGGUUAUGUAGCUUGCAAAGCAUAAAAGUGUUUGUUCUUUAAUAAGUUUUAAAGAGAUAGUACUGAAUUUCUAAAGCAACGUUCCUUAAAAGGUUAUAAGCAGUUAAUAUAUUACCCACAAUUAACAGCUCUCUUUGCGUCAUCAUUUAAAAUAAAUCUAGAUUAGCUGUCACUAGACCUCAAGGCUAUUGGCUAAUCAGGAGUGGUCAAGCACCAUAGCAUCUUGCAACAACUUUAAUCUCAAAAAACGUCAAAGCAGUUUAUCAGAACAUUGUUUUAGAAACCUUUAAAUCAUUAUUAGGUUUGCUUUGCAUGGUUACAUUCAGUAUUUACACUAGCAGUUAUCUUCAGCCUCUGGUAUCAACUAAUCUGGGUUUAUACUAAAGGAAGAUGCCAAGAGAGUUAUGUUCUAUGGGAAAGAUGUUAACUGGACCUUUGAACAGAACCACAUUAAAAACUUUCUGAACUUCAGUAUCUCUUUAACUCAACUAACAGUAAUUCUUAUCAUUUUACAAUAGCUACUGGUAGUAGUAGUAGGGUAAAAUCCACAUAACCAUAAGCUAACAUGUCAACUACAUAUUUGACCUAACCCUCCUAGUAUCCAUCACCUGCCCUCUUGUUAUUGUUACAUCUAUGUUUUCAGUGUUUUAUUUCGUAUUAAUUUAAUUUAUUUUGUAAUCAUUGCAUUCAUGAUACAAUUCUCAGGAAGGAAAAUAGUGUUUAAUACCUUUACCAUAUGUAUAAUGUUUCUCAAGGUGAUUAAACUGUACAUUGUUAUUUCAAUGUGUCUACAGGUGAAAACUAGUUAUAACAAAUGCAUUCCACCAUUUACGGUCCUUGGAAUAAAUGCCCUCUGACUUUUGUA